AUGUCUUAGAGCGAUUUUAAAGAGGAGUAAUUAGACUCUAAAAAGAGCAGUAAGCAAGUUGCUGAUAAAAAGGAAUUGGUUUUAGGUAUCAAUUUUGAUCCUGAUAAAGAGGAAUACGAUGGAAACUACUCUGAUUCUGGAGAAGAAUCCGAAUCAGAAUAAGCAUAAACAAAUUAUGACGAUGAUAUGGCAGAAGAUGAGUAACUAGUGCCAGAAGAUGGUGUUUCAACAAAAUAAAAUAAUAAUAAAAAAGGAAACGGUGAUAAAAAAACUAAGAAAGUAAAAAAAGCUCCUGCAAAAUAGGCAUCUUAGGCUAAAAGAAAGCCACAAACUUUGGUUAUGAAUGUUGCUGAUACAUAGUAUCCUGUUGUUAAAUUCGUGGGCAAAAAGAUUUUCAAAUGGAAACUUUGUUAUGAUGCAGAAAACACUGAUUGCGAUAUUACUUGGACUGAUAACGCUGUUUAACCAGAAUAGCUAGGAAAAAUGCAGCCCCAUUAAAAAAUUAAUCACUUUCCUGGCAUGUUUGUGCUAGCUAGAAAAAACCACUUAGCUAGAAAUCUAAAAAAAAUGAAGAAACAGUUCCCUGAUCACUAUAAAUUUUUCCCUUAAACUUGGUUAUUGCCUGCUGAAUACAACGAACUUCGUACUGAAUUCGAUAAGAUCUCUAAAGGAAAAUGCAAAACAUUUAUUGUUAAACCAGAAGCAAGUUGCUAGGGAAGAGGUAUCUUUUUGACUAGGAAUUUAGAUGAUUUAAACAGUACCGAUCAUUAUGUAGUUUAAAGAUAUUUACACAAGCCCUAUCUCAUAGAUGGAUUAAAGUUUGAUUUUAGAAUUUACGUUUUGCUUGCAGCUUGUGAUCCUAUGAGAAUAUAUAUUUUUAAAGAAGGAUUAGCUCGUUUAGCUACAGAAGAAUAUGAAGCUCCACAUCGUGAUAAUUUAGAUAAUCUUUGCAUGCACUUAACUAACUAUGCCAUCAAUAAAGAUAACCCUAAUUUUGAAUUUAAUGAAGAUGAAAAUUAAAUGGAUGUAGGUCACAAAAGGUCUUUGACUUCAGUAAUGGAGCUUCUUAAAAAUUAAGGACAUGAUAUUUAAAAGUUAUGGGAUCAAAUUAAGGACAUCAUAAUAAAAACAAUAAUUAGUGCUUAGCCUACUCUAAGUCAUCACUAUAAAUCUUGUCAACCAGAUAACUACAUGAAUAAUAUGUGUUUUGAAAUAUUGGGAUUUGAUGUUUUCUUAGACGCCCAUUUAAAACCUUGGCUAUUAGAAAUUAAUCAUACUCCUAGUUUUACUACAGAUACUCCUCUUGAUAGUUUGAUCAAAAAGAAUUGUAUCCGUGAUGCAUUAACAUUGAUGAAUUCGACUGUUAAAGCUAGAAACGAAAUUGUUUCACAAAGAAAGGAAUAACUUUAAAAAAGAGUCCUAACUGGUAAAAAAUAAAAAUUAACAGCUGAAGAAAAAGCAGCUGAAAUAAAAAAAGCUAUGUAAAAGAGGGAUGAGUACGAAUCAAAGAAUUUAGGAAACUAUGAAAAGGUUUAUCCUCUAGAACCUGAUGUUGAAGAUAUUUACAUUGCUUUCCAACAACACUCUCAAUAGCUUUAUGAAAACUGGACGGGAGCAAAUAUUAGAAGAGUCUCAAAGAAAGACAGUUCAAUAGGAGGUAAUACUAUCUAAGGAACAACAGCGAAUAACAGUGUCAAAGGAGUACCAAAUUAACAAAGAAAUUCGAUAAAUGAUAAAAAUAAACCAAACUUACCUGCAGCUAAGGUACCAAUUAAGCCAGUUGCAGCCACCAAAUAAGUGAUUCCUAAAGUUGUCUAAAAUAAGACUCAAGUUCCCACCUUCUCUUCAAGCUCGAAAAUUAGAUCAAAUGAAAAUAUUGAAGGAGAAGAUGGAUAAUUUAAACUCCCUAAAUAAAUAAAAUUAUAGAGCCAGCAGACAUCCAGCAACUUGAGUGCUAGCCAAACAGGUGGCUACUCUGAGACUUACUAAAUUAAUGAAACACCUGGAAAGUUUUCUGAUAAUAAUAGUGGAGUGUAUUAGAAACCUCCCAGCCCAUUUACUUUGGGAAGUACCGGUUAAAUCAGUAGCUUAGAUGCAAGAAAAUAGUACGCUAUUCCAAAAUAAAUAGGCUCAUCUCUAUAAAACGAAGAAGAAAGACAGUAAAUGGUAAAAAAAUAUGCAUAGUUUGCAAUAGAUCUUAAUUCCUAAUCAAGUAAUACUAGCAGCUCUUUGAAUAAUGUCUAAAUUUAAAAGAAAUAAUACGAAAACACUAAUUAACUAACCUAACAAUACAAUACCGAUAUAAAUGCUUAACAAUCUCCAUAUCAGUAUAUCAGAUAACAAAGCCAGCAGAGCUCAAUUUAACCUCCUCAGAAUUUAAAUAGCACUGGUAGACCCUAAUUUCAAUAAAUUAAUAUGCAGUAAUACCCAGUUAAAAUGCUUCCUGGACUUGUAAGAAACGGUAUGAAUAACGAUGACUAUGUAGCAUUGACUCAUCAAAAAAGAAUGUAAGAAAUGAAUAAGUACUCUAAACCAUUAUAAACUUCAAAUAACAAUGGACUUUAUUUGUAGCCAAAGCUAUUUGAUCUAAAUGUAUUAACCAAAAUGAAUGAUGAAGAACCUAUAAGAAAAGAUUAAAUAGUUAGAAAUAAGUAAGUGGUAUACUCAAAUAUCUCCUCAAAUAACUUUGGUAAUAACUAUGAUAUAAAUUCAUAAAAGCUAAUAACUAAUAAUAAUUACUAUACAAGAAGAAAAUGA